GCCGCGGGGCGCCCGGGGGCGUGCGGGCGCCGAGGGCGCCUAGGCUCCGGGCACUGCGGGGUUGCGGGCUCGGCGCCCCGGGGAGGCGGGCGCGUGGCCGCCGGAGCGGCCGCCCCAGCUGGCCGCUAUCGCGAGAUUUAUAAGCUGGAGAUGAGGGUCGCUAGAGCCCAGGCAUGGCAAAGUUUGUGACACUUGGGCAGAAGCUGCAGCUGCAGGGUCCGGGCCGGAGUUAAGUGGUGGUACCGUCUGAGCACCUGCUGAAAACCAGGCAGGAGGAACAGUAACCCCAGGAGAGCACAGGCUGGAGCCGGGGUGCAGGGAUGACGCCUCCGCAGGCCCCAGCCUCCCUCCCGCCUGGGUGCUAGGAGCUGUCCCUGGGCUCCAGCCGGGAGCCCUGCCGCCCAGGGGCAUGGCCAAACCUUUCUUCCGACUCCAGAAGUUUCUCCGCCGGACGCAGUUCCUGCUCUUCUUCCUCACAGCCGCCUACCUGAUGACCGGCAGCCUGCUGCUGCUGCAACGGGCCCGCGUGGGCCUCCCGCCGGGCCCCCGGGCCCCCGGCCCCCUGCAGGCCCUGCCCGUGGCCGCCGUGGCGCUGGGCGUGGGCCUGCUGGACAGCAGAGCCCUGCACGACCCCCGGGUCAGCCCAGAACUGCUGCUCGGCGUGGACGUGCUGCGGGGCCCCCCAGCCCGGCCCCGGCCCGGCCCCCGCUGGCUCCGCAGCCGCAACUCAGAGCUGCGCCAGCUGCGGCGCCGCUGGUUCCACCACUUCAUGGCGGACCCCCAGGGGCCGCCCGCCCUGGGCCCUGAGGCCCCCAGGCCAGCCGCCAGCAGCCAAGGCACAUACAUGGGGUGCUUCAGUGACGACGGCCAGGAGAGGACUCUCAAGGGGGCUGUGUUUUUUGACUUGAGAAAGAUGACCGUCCCCCACUGCCAGAACGCGUGCGCUGAGCGGUCCUACGUCUAUGCCGGCUUGGAGGCCGGGGCCGAAUGCUACUGUGGAAACCGGCUCCCGGCGAUGAGCACGGGGCCAGAGGAGUGUAACCACGAGUGCAAAGGGGAGAAGAGCUCCGUGUGCGGGGGUGUGGGCCGUCUCUCCGUGUACCGCGUGGAGCAGCUGCAGCCCGGCUCCAGGAAGCGAAGGACCGUCACGUACCGGGGCUGCUUCCGACUGCUGGAGAACGUCACACACGCCUUCCCCGACUCCCUGGUACAGGCCAACGUGACCGUGGAGACCUGUUCAGGAUUUUGUUCCCAGAAAGAGUUCCCCUUGGCCAUCCUCAGGGGCUGGGAGUGCUACUGUGCUUACCCCACCCCCCAGUUCAACCUGCGGGAUGCUGUGGACAGCUCACUGUGUGGCCAGGAGUCUGAGGCCCAGAGGCUAGCGGAGUACUGCGAGGUCUACCAGACACCCGUGCAGGAUACCCGGUGCACGGACCGGAGGUUCCUGCCCACCAAAUCCAAAGUGUUCGUGGCUCUGUCGAGCUUCCCGGGAGCCGGGAACACAUGGGCGCGGCACCUCAUCGAGCACGCCACCGGCUUCUACACAGGGAGCUACUACUUUGAUGGAACUCUCUACAACAAAGGGUUCAAGGGCGAGAAGGACCACUGGAGAAGCCGGCGCACCAUCUGCGUGAAGACCCACGAGAGUGGCAGGCGGGAGAUUGAGAUGUUCGACUCGGCCAUCCUGCUGAUCCGGAACCCGUACAGGUCCCUGGUGGCCGAGUUCAACAGGAAAUGUGCCGGGCACCUGGGCUACGCUGCUGACCGCAACUGGAAGAGCAAAGAGUGGCCAGACUUUGUCCACAGCUACGCGUCCUGGUGGUCGUCGCACGUGCUGGACUGGCUCAGGUACGGCAAGCGGCUGCUGGUGGUGCACUACGAGGAGCUGCGGCGCAGCCUGGUCCCCACGCUGCGGGGGAUGGUGGCCUUCCUCAACGUGUCCGUGAGCGAGGAGCGCCUGCUCUGCGCGGAGAGCAACCAGGAGGGCAGCUUCCGGCGGCGCGGCCGGCGCCCGCGCGCCCUCGAGCCCUUCACCCCCGCGAUGAAGGACCUCAUCAACGGCUACAUCCGGACGGUGGACCGGGCCCUGCGUGACCACAACUGGGCGGGGCUGCCCCGGGAGUACGUGCCCAGAUGAUAGGCCCCGGCCUGCUCUGCCCGCCCCGCCGGGAGCCGCCG